UUGCAAACCCUUUGUGAUUUUUGCACGAUAAUCGAAAGAUGCAAUAAAGUGCCAUUUCGUGAUUCAACACGACCCUUUCGCAGAAGCUGUCGUGCGGACUUGCAGUGAAAUUAUCUAGUCAUGUGAAACAGAGCAGUGGUAGAAACGUGAUUAAAAGCAUCUGGCGUCGCGGUACCUGUUUGUUUACAUUAGUUGCACUGCGGUUGCUGCUUCUCGCGGGAUUAGUUAAUAAUUUUGGCUACCGCCACCGUGGCCCGUGAAUCGGCGAAGCGUUGCACCGGUGAUGUGAAUUAGCUAGUGGCCAAACAGUGCCGAGUGUUGCGGAAGCAACAGACAGAGCAUGGAAUGAUUCGCUAUCAGAGCGGUUAAUUAUUAUCGCAAUCAUUUCACUCGUGACGUGAGCGACGUACAAACUAAAAUCCUUUUUUUAAGCCAUUAACUUACUGGUGGAAGCAGUAGUAUUUGGAGUGUUGGGGGAUUCAGCAGUAGUGGUGCAAGAAACUAGAUGACAUUUCACCGAACGCAAAGUGUGCGUCUACUAGAUUCGCUAAAGAGACACGUAAACACGGGCGACCUUCUGCGGUGCCACUUUGAUCGAUGCGCGCUACUAAGUUAGUUAGGUCCAUGUGAUCACAGAGAUCGUCAGCCGAUCAAAGUGAUAAAUUACUCGCUUAAUAGUGUUUCGCGACAACGCAUUCCGGGUAAUGAUCGUUAAUUUUGUAGUGUACAGGCCGCUUCGUUAGAGACAAACCGUUUGCUUCCGAGCCUAUCGUCUAACGCGCAAUGGGAAAUUCGAGCACAAAGCUUGCGGAGAAGUGUUCCUUGCUGGCCAAGAGCGAAGUUCCAGUUGUCGCCAGCUCAUUUAAACUAGUGAGCAAAAACUCGGAACGCAUAAAAGAGGAUGACCUCAUGAAAUUCUGGGGCUCCCAGAUGGACCCCAGGUUGGCUCAGUACAUCACAAAUUUUCUCUUCGGACCGCUCGGUUCCCGGUCGCCAGUGGUCGAGUUUCAACGGUUCGCCGAACUGUACGUAUUCUGCGUCCGCGGUACGAUAGACGAACGCAUAAAUGUGCUGCUGUGCAGUCUUGGGCAACAGCCGGAAUCGGAGUCAACGGAAAUUGCCUAUCCGCUUAUCAAAGAGUACGUGGAGGCGGUGGUGAGCAGCUAUAUGCGUGCGAUACGAUUGGAAGGUGGUCCACAGUACAAGUCGUGGGAAUCUCGUGGCUUCCGGAUUGUGAAGGAUUGCAUACAGAAAUUAGCCGAGAGCUUGGCGUACGAUGUCGUUCAACAGGGAACGCAGAAAGUGACCCGCGCCGAUGCCGAACGAUGGCUGCAUAAAAAUCCCACCUUUCUUAAAAUGUUAGAGCACGUGUUCGCGCACCUGUACCAUUAUCGAAACGUAAAGAAUGCCUCAGAAGCGGAGGGCAAUGCACGGAAAAGUAUCAUCCCACAGGAAGCACUGCAAUCGAUGUUACCAUACUGCGAAGGACUCCAGUACGUGCCGGACUAUCCGGCGUUUACCGAUCUAUCGCAGAUGCUGUUCAUCAACACCAACCUUCCCGGAUCACAGCGAAACAAGUGGCGCUUCCUGUUUUCGUCGCAAAUACACGGUGAAAGUUUUUCUACUCUACUGGGCCGCAUCAUGGAUCAGGGGUCAACGGUAAUCAUUGUGGAAGAUGUUAACGGUUACAUUUUUGGCGGUUACGCAACGGACUCUUGGGCUCUUAGUGCAAACUACGUGGGUAACGAAAAUUCGUUUCUGUUUACGUUGCGGCCAAAGAUGCGGUGCUUUCCUAGCACGGGCUACAACGAUCACUACCAGUAUUUAAAUCUCCAUCAGCAAACGAUGCCAAAUGGAAUGGGAAUGGGAGGCCAGUACAACUAUUGGGGUGUUUGGUUGGACAGCGAGUAUGGCAUCGGGGAGUGUUCAGAGUCGUGCACGACAUACAAAGGCUACUUUCAGCUAAGUGCCACCAAAAAGUUUAACGUGCGAAACGUCGAAGUGUGGGGUGUUGGCGACAAACCAGUAAAGGAGGAUGAAGGGGAGGAAGACAAAUCCACAGCACGCUCCAUACUGGAUGGGAAUGCGGAUAGCAAGGCCAUCUUGAAGAUGAGUGGCCGUGAGCAGUUCUCCGAUGGAUAUCGCGAGGAACCGAAAGACUAAGGAUUGCGAAAGCACGCCAGAAAGAAGAAGUGUUUCGUGUUGGCUCGCUCGAUGGAAAUCAACUUGGUGGAUGUUACCGAUACGUUCAAUUUCAAUUUUCUGUAAUCGAGUGCAAAGAAAUGCAUUGACGGCUGAAGGAACCUUGCCGUUCAGGGUGUGUAUUCUGAUGGAAUUGGAUGCGCGAAUCUUUUACAUGCGUAUUUAGACAUACGCUGGCACGGAGACUGCAAGAACAACAAGUCUGACAUUUUUUCUCCAACGGGUUUUAUUUAUUUAAUUCUCCCUCGGGAGCAUUUUGUUGUAACAAACUAAAACACCAAGUGCACCAACAUUCUCCAUCACCAGCACUAUCACUAGACUCUUCAUCUGGCGUGAAGAUACUGAGUAUAAUGAAUAGUUUCAGCACCAAAUUAGGAUGAACGUGUCGUAUUAUCGUUAAACAUUUGUCUCAAAAUGGCGACAAAAAUCAACAGGAGAAGAAGUUGGUAUCGAAGAUACCGAAGAAUGGCUGAAGAAAGGUGGCAAUACGAAGGAAUGUUAAGCAAUUGUAGAAUCAUGUACUCUGGCGCAAAACUUUGCCAGUGAUAGGUUCGCGCAGUUCGGAUUGGAAUAGGUGUGGGACUAACUAUUUGCCGAGAGAUAAAUUUAAGGACAUCACAACGCACUAAAACAGGUUCAGGAAUAGCAUCAUGUACAAUAUUGCGCUUGAUUGAUGUACAUUCGUCAGUGUUGUGUCGUUGUUAUUCUUUGCGAUGUGAACAAACUAGACAGAAGCACAGAAUGGCUAGGUAUCGUUAGUGUAUUUAUUUUGGUGCUUAGUUAGGAAUUGAAUUUGUUUUGUCCAACUGCAGUGCCAUACCGGAUUAAUCACACAUGCUUGGUUUCGAUUAAGAUUAUUUAAACGUAGCAGACCCCAUAGGGAUCGUGUUUUUUGAUAAUGAGCUUUUAUUCAACGUGUACAAAAGUAUCCCACAAUGGGAAAAAUACUUCUUUCUAGUGAAUGCAUGUUGUUGGCUUUGGUGUAUUUGUAACUGUGUUCCUCAAUACCCAAUACUAUUGUUGAAUAGAAGCACGGACUUGAAAGAAUAUGUAAGAAUAA